AGUAGCUUGUCGUCCAAAGCUUCUCUUCUCUUUUAUGAUAAUUAUUGAUCCCAAACCAUCUGUGAGAUAAUGCUGAGCUGUUUCACAUGUUCAGCAUAAUAUAUAUGCAUAAAAGUUGAGUUUCAUUAUUGCAUUUGAAUUUAAAAAACCAAAAAUACUUUGCACGUUUUGUUUAAUUAGUCAUCAAAAACUUGCUACUAAUUAGAGCAGUGACAUAUACAGAGGUAGUAGUAGUUCUCACACAAGCAGUCCUAACAUGUUGAGGAACAACGAUAUGGAAGUUUUCACGAGGUCUUUUAGAGAAGAAGAAGACGAUGAAGAAGCUCUCAAAUGGGCUGCUUUAGAGAGACUGCCUACAUAUUCACGUAUGAGGAAAGGUAUGCUCACUAGUGCAGAGGGUCAAGCUAGAGAGAUUGACAUAAAGAGUCUUGGAAUAUUGGAGAGAAAAGCUUUGUUAGAUAGGCUGGUGAAAAUUGCAGAAGAAGAUAAUGAGAAGUUCCUGUUAAAGCUCAAGGACCGCAUUGAUCGAGUUGGACUUGAACUUCCAACUGUUGAAGUUCGGUUUGAGCACCUAAAUGUGGAGGCAGAAGUUUACAUUGGAAGCAGAGCGUUACCUACAAUAUUCAACUUCUUUGUCAACAUGUUAGAGGGAUUCUUAAAUUAUCUGCACAUUCUUCCAAGUAGAAAGAUAACUUUACCAAUCCUUCGAGAUGUUAGUGGCAUCAUCCAGCCUCAAAGAAUGACAUUGCUUUUAGGCCCCCCAAGCUCUGGAAAGACCACAUUACUAUUGGCUUUGGCUGGAAAACUCAGUAAAGAUUUAAAGUUUUCGGGAAGAGUUACGUACAAUGGACAUGGAAUGGAAGAGUUUGUUCCACAGAGAACAUCAGCCUAUAUAAGUCAACAUGAUCUUCACAUAGGAGAAAUGACAGUGAGAGAAACACUGACUUUUGCAGCAAGAUGUCAAGGGGUUGGACAACGUUAUGAGAUAUUGGCAGAAUUGUUAAGAAGAGAGAAGGCAGCAAAUAUUAAGCCAGAUCCUGAUAUUGAUAUCUACAUGAAGGCAGCAGCACUUGAAGGACUGGAGACCAGUAUUGUUACCGAUUAUGUAAUAAAGAUUUUGGGGCUUGAAGUCUGCGCUGAUACUAUAGUGGGGGAUGAAAUGUUAAGAGGUAUUUCUGGUGGACAGAAAAAACGACUCACAACAGGGGAGAUGCUGGUUGGACCAGCAAGGGCAUUGUUCAUGGAUGAGAUAUCCACUGGCUUGGACAGCUCAACAACUUUUCAGAUUGUAAAUUCACUCAAGCAAUCCCUCCGUAUUCUCAAUGGAACUGCAGUCAUCUCUCUUCUCCAACCACCUCCAGAAACUUAUGAACUAUUCGAUGAUAUAAUUCUUCUCUCAGAUGGCCAAAUUGUGUAUCAAGGUCCCCGUGAAAAUGUGCUGGAGUUUUUUGAAUAUAUGGGUUUCAAAUGUCCCGAGAGGAAGGGAGUUGCCGACUUCUUACAAGAGGUGACAUCAAGGAAAGACCAAGAGCAGUACUGGGCAAAUAAAGAUGAGCCUUACAGGUUUGUUAAUGUGGACGAAUUUGCCAAAGCAUUUCACUCAUUUGACAUUGGUUGCAAACUUGGUGACAAGCUUGCUACUCCAUUUAACAAGUCCGAAGUCCACCCUGCUGUUUUAACCACUAAGAAGUAUGGUGUUAGCAAGAAAGAGUUAUUGAGAGCUUGUGUUAGUAGAGAAUUCUUGCUUAUGAGGAGGAACUCAUUUGUCUACAUCUUCAAAAUGAGCCAACUCACUCUCAUAGCUUUUAUAAUGAUGACCUUAUUUCUACGAACUGAGAUGCAUCGAGAUACAGUGACAGAUGGUGGUAUCUAUUUGGGUGCUCUCUUUUUUACGGCCCUUGUAGCUAUGUUUAAUGGAAUUUCAGAGCUCAAUAUGGCCAUCAUGAAACUUCCUGUCUUUUACAAGCAAAGAGAACUUUUCUUCUAUCCCUCGUGGGCUUACGCUAUACCCACGUGGAUCCUCAAGAUUCCAAUAAACCUUGUAGAAUCUGCCAUUUGGGUGGUGAUGACUUAUUAUGUUAUAGGCUUUGAUCCAGACAUUCGAAGGUUUUUCAAACAGUACUUUUUAAUCCUGUGCAUUAACCUGAUGGCAUCUGGACUUUUCCGAUUAAUGGCUGCAUUAGGAAGGGAUGUGAUUGUUGCUAGCACAGUUGGGUCAUUCGCUCUCCUUGUAGUGCAGGUUUUAGGAGGAUUCAUCAUAUCUCGAGAUAAUGUGCCGAAAUGGUGGUUGUGGGGUUAUUGGAUCUCCCCGCUGAUGUAUGGACAGAAUGCUAUAGCUGUGAAUGAAUUUCUAGGAAAGAGUUGGAGACAUGUGGCUCCUAAUUCCUCAGAACAAUUAGGAGUUUUGAUCUUGAAGUCUCGUGGGAUUUUUCCACAAGCGGAUUGGUAUUGGAUUGGAGUAGGAGCUUUGAUUGGAUAUAUUUUUCUGUUCAACUUCCUUUUCACUUUGGCUCUACAGUAUCUCAGUCCCUUUAGUAAGCCUCAGACAGUACUAUCCAAAGAGGCCUUGACUGAGAGAAAUGCUAAUAAAGCUGGAGAGUUCAUUGAGCUAUCAUCUAGAGGAAAGAGCUUCCCUGAACAAAGGGCUGAAGAUCAAAGAAGUGUAUCAUCCAGGUCAUUAUUUAAGAGAGUAGGCGGAAUUGAUGAAGCUUAUCAAAAUGGGAAGAGAGGAAUGGUUCUUCCUUUUGAACCCCUAUCACUUGCUUUCGAUGAAAUCAGAUAUGCUGUAGACAUGCCACAGGAAAUGAAAACUCAAGGUAUUCUUGAGGAUAGGCUUGAACUACUAAAGGGUAUAAGUGGAGCUUUCAGGCCAGGAGUCCUAACAGCUCUAAUGGGUGUUAGUGGUGCUGGUAAGACCACUCUAAUGGAUGUCUUGGCAGGAAGGAAAACUACCGGAUAUAUCCAGGGUAGCAUCACAAUAUCAGGCUACCCAAAGAAGCAAGAAACAUUUGCUCGCAUAUCUGGAUAUUGCGAACAAACUGAUAUCCAUUCUCCACACGUUACAGUCUAUGAAUCUUUAUUAUAUUCUGCGUGGCUUCGGUUACCCACUGAGGUUGAUUCUAUAACAAGAAGGAUGUUCAUCGAGGAAGUCAUUGAGCUUGUGGAACUGACCUCAUUAAGGGAGGCACUUGUUGGAUUGCCCAAUGUGAGUGGCCUCUCAACUGAGCAGCGCAAGAGGCUGACAAUUGCAGUUGAGCUUGUUGCUAACCCAUCUAUAAUAUUCAUGGAUGAGCCAACCUCUGGCCUUGAUGCCAGGGCAGCAGCAAUAGUAAUGAGGACAGUGAGGAACACUGUUGACACAGGACGAACAGUGGUUUGCACCAUACAUCAGCCAAGCAUUGAUAUUUUUGAUACCUUUGAUGAGCUACUUCUUUUGAAAGUGGGAGGGGAGCAAAUAUAUGCAGGUCCAUUAGGCGGCCGCUCAUCCCAUCUGAUUAAGUACUUUGAGGAAAUCAACGGAGUUCCUAAAAUUAGAGAUGGAUAUAAUCCUGCAACUUGGAUGUUGGAGGUUACUUCAAUAGCACAAGAAACAGCUCUUGGUGUUAAUUUCACUGAUGUGUACAAGAACUCAGAACUAUAUAGGAGAAACAAAGCAUUGAUCAGGGAACUAAGUACACCCCCACUGGGUUCCAAAGAUCUAUUCUUCCCUACUCGUUAUUCACAAUCUUUCUUCGACCAAUGCAUCGCUUGCCUGUGGAAACAGCAGUGCUCUUACUGGCGAAACCCAUCUUAUAAUGCUGUGAGACUUUUAUUCACAACAAUCAUAGCUUUGUUGUUUGGGAUGAUAUUUUGGGAUCUUGGUUCCAAAAGGACAAAGCAACAAGACCUGUUCAAUGCAAUGGGUUCUAUGUACACCGCCGUUGUCUACAUUGGGGUACAAAAUGGCAUGUCAGUGCUGCCAGUUGUGGCUACUGAGAGAACGGUCUUUUACAGAGAAAGAGCGGCCGGAAUGUAUUCAGCCCUGCCAUAUGCCAUUGGACAGGUUGUUAUUGAGCUUCCAUACAUUUUUCUUCAAACUGUCAUUUAUGGGGUUAUAGUAUAUGCCAUGAUGGCAUUCGAAUGGACAGUUAUGAAGUUCUUAUGGUAUCUUUUCUUCAUGUACUUCACCUUAUUAUACUUUACAUUAUAUGGGAUGAUGACCGUGGCUCUUACUCCCAACCACCACAUUGGGAGCAUAGUUUCAUCUGCCUUCUAUGCAAUAUGGAACCUUUUCUCAGGAUUCGUUGUCCCCCAAACGAGAAUUCCGAUAUGGUGGAGAUGGUAUUAUUGGGCUUGCCCUGUUGCUUGGACCUUGUAUGGAUUGUUUGCUUCACAAUAUGGAGAUGUCAAGGACUUUCUUGAGUCUGGUGAAACUGUAGAAGAUUUUGUAAGGAAUUACUUCGGCUUUAGAAAUGACUUUUUGGGCGUCGUUGCAGCUGUGAUUGUUGGGAUUCCAAUGCUCUUUGGAUUCAUAUUUGCCUUGUCUAUCAAGGCCUUUAACUUUCAAAAGAAAUGAAUGUUUUUUUGUUAAAAAAAAAAUAUAUUAAACAUCUGUUUGGGAUGAGCCGAAAAAUUCAACUUAUCUACACUUUUAACCUAUUUUUAUUACUAUUUAUUGGUCUCAUUGCACUUUUUGAUACUA